CCCGCCCGCCGGUCCGCCGGUCUCUCCUGCAGCCUGCCUGCUGGGCAGGGCCGGCCCGGCCCCGCCAUGGAGUCCUACGACAUCAUCGCCAACCAGCCCGUGGUCAUCGACAACGGUUCCGGGGUGAUCAAGGCUGGCUUUGCAGGAGAUCAGAUUCCCAAAUACUGUUUCCCAAACUAUGUCGGGCGCCCUAAGCACAUGCGGGUGAUGGCUGGAGCCCUGGAAGGAGACCUCUUCAUUGGACCGAAAGCAGAGGAGCACCGGGGGCUGCUGGCCCUACGCUACCCCAUGGAGCACGGCGUGGUGCGGGACUGGAAUGACAUGGAGCGCAUCUGGCAGUACGUCUACUCCAAGGACCAGCUGCAGACCUUCUCUGAGGAGCAUCCAGUUCUUCUAACGGAAGCCCCGCUCAACCCGAGUAAGAACCGGGAAAAGGCAGCAGAGGUGUUCUUUGAGACCUUCAAUGUGCCGGCCCUGUUUAUCUCCAUGCAGGCCGUACUCAGCCUGUAUGCGACAGGACGCACAACAGGAGUGGUUUUAGACUCAGGGGAUGGGGUCACCCAUGCUGUCCCUAUCUACGAGGGCUUUGCCAUGCCACAUUCCAUCAUGAGGGUGGACAUUGCUGGCCGCGACGUCUCCCGCUAUCUCCGGCUGCUGCUGCGCAAGGAAGGCGUCGACUUUCACACCUCAGCUGAGUUUGAGGUUGUUCGGACCAUCAAAGAGAGAGCCUGCUACCUGUCUAUCAACCCUCAGAAGGAUGAGGCUCUGGAGACAGAGAAGGUGCAGUACACCUUGCCAGAUGGCAGCAUGCUUGACGUGGGGCCAGCGCGAUUCCGAGCUCCCGAGCUGCUGUUCCAGCCAGACCUGAUAGGGGAUGAGAGCGAGGGACUCCACGAGGUGCUGGCGUUUGCCAUCCACAAGUCUGACCUGGACCUCCGCCGGACGCUGUUCGCCAACAUCGUGCUUUCAGGCGGCUCCACGCUGUUCAAAGGCUUUGGUGACCGAUUACUAAGUGAAGUGAAGAAGCUUGCCCCAAAGGAUGUCAAAAUCAAGAUCUCUGCGCCUCAAGAACGGCUGUACUCCACGUGGAUUGGCGGGUCCAUCCUGGCCUCACUAGACACUUUUAAGAAGAUGUGGGUCUCCAAGAAAGAGUAUGAAGAAGAUGGCGCCCGUGCUAUUCAUCGUAAAACCUUCUAGUGCCCAAGGAGGAGGGGCAGUGUGUUGGGAGAAUGGGAGCAAAGGGGAGCCAGAGCCCUUGACCCUUUGUGGGCGGGGCUCACGUACCAGGCGUAGGGUCCCCUGCAUGCCCUGAACCCCGGGCAGGUGGUGCAGUAGCGCUUCCCUGCAGCACUCCCUUCCACACACACGCAAGCAUGCACACACAGACAUGGUAAUGUUUAGCUGCAUGGGUGAGAGUCUUGAGCUGGAAUAUAGGAACCGAGGAGCCCAGCCAUGGAUGGUUCUGGUUGUCCCCCUUGGCAGAGCCAUUUAGACCUAUGGUUCCUGGCUCUAACCCUUGGGGCUGCUUCCCCCGAGCUCUAAGGCCAGACACCCAACUGCCCCCAUUUCCUUCGCCAGGAUCCCUCCCAGAGCUGGGUGCCUGGAUGCCUGUGUAACUAGCCUUGGGGAGUGGAUUAGAGGAGGGAGCAGCCAGCAGCUCCCCACUGGUGUAUCGUUGUUUCUCAUGCCACCUCCCCUUCCUGACCUGACAGGGAAGCACAAAGAGCCAGCCACUCCGAGGCAUCCCGGACCUUCCAUACUCUGUCCCUGUAUUCCUGAGUGGAUGCCUUGGUGCAGGCUGACUAGAGGGCAGUCUGCCCUACCCAGUGAGGGGUUCUGGCCCAGGGUUGGAGCCAGGGCAGAGUAUGCAGGGGAUGGGGCAGCCAGUCUCUUGUGUUCUCCCCUUCGAGGCAUUUCAUUGAUUUGCUGCUCCUUCUCCUUGGCCCCCGUACCCUGGAUAGGGAAGAGUUAAUGGUCUUCACUUGUUGUGGGGGGAGCCACUUAAUCAGAAGGCAGACCCAGAGGGGUGAGGGGGCACAGUUCCUCUCCCAGAAAGAGGUCCUCGUUUCCCUGGGCCAGGCCCCUCACCUCCCUCUCCCAGAUAUGUACAGUAAUUUAACCCAGUUGCCUGAAAAAACCUUUUUUCUAAAUCAUUAUAGUAAUAAUUAUGGACAAG